GCUGGAGAAAUCAUUCAGAUACAGAAGCCAAGAUGAAACCUCUCCAAGUUCUCGUCUGUCUGGGUUUGGUUUGUGUCGUGGCGUCCACGUCGGUCGACCCGAGAGGAGCUCGUCCGGUGGAGGCGGGCACCAGGUCGGACAAAUGUGCCACUCAGAAGGAGUGGCCUUUCUGCACAGACGACGACUGGGGCCACAAAUGCCCGUCAGGCUGCAGGAUCCAGGGUCUGAUGGACAAGUACGACCACAGCAUGAUGAAGAAGGUGGAGAAGAUCCGCAGCAUCCUGGACGAGAACCGGGUCAAACACCGUUCCACCGACCAGGUGUCCAAACAGACGUACGACUACCUGAAGGACAAACUCACCAUUGAUUCAGGUCACGACAGCAGCUACCAUAACUUGGCCCAGGGUCUGCGACAGAGGAUCACUGAGAUGAAAGUGAAGAUUGACCGACAGCUGCGUCUCCUCGGCGCCCUGAAGGACCGAGUGAAGGACCAGGUGGUGGAGAUGCAGCGGCUGGAGGUGGACAUCGACAUCAAGCUUCGCUCCUGCAAAGGUUCCUGCAGAGGCUACUCGGAGCACCAUGUGGACAAGGAGGGCUACGUGGAGCUGGACAAACAGAUCAACCAGCUGGAGUCCAGGUCGGGUCAGAGCAUCCAGUCGGUGGGGACGCUCUACGUGAUGAAGAGCAGGGCGUUGAAGGGCGUGAUCGUUGACAGCAUCUACAAGUCCGGCGGUGGCCCGUCGAGGGCAGCACAGCACACAGAAGAUGUUUUCAAUGAUGUGGAGAACAUCCAGUUGGUCCUGGAGGCAGAAGGCUCGCCCGCAUCCCCAGCAACCAUCACCAAGGACCAAGGUACUUUCUUCUCUACAUCUAAAUCUACAUCGUCAUCCUCCACCGGCGAUUCUUCCUCCUCCUCCUCCUCCUCCUCCAAAUCCAUCACUGAGAUCGGAGGCGACGGAGGUUUGUUUGGUGGAGGGUUCGGAGGCCACAGCCAACCCAGCACGGGCCACACCAGCACCACCACCAAGACCGUCUCCUGCACCAAGAGCAUCAAGAGGACAAUUGUCCAAACGCCUUCCGGACCAGUGGAGAACGUGGAGGAGGUGAUCGAGGGCGGCCCCGAGUGUCACGUCAUGAACGACCCUUCCAAGAGCGGAAUGGCCUCUAUGUUCCCCGCCUUUGGCCACACCUCCUCUAGCUCCUCCUCUAUCACCACCUCAUCGCACCACGCCGGCGGCGCUAAGGGAAGCAUCACAGACGACACCAAAUCCGGAUUCAGAUUAUUUGGUUCCGACAUCAGUGGGUUCAUGACAGAUCAUCCGGAAGAGGACGUUCCCGACGUCCACGCCCGAAGUGUGAAGAGCGCGCGUGUUGAGCGAGAAGCCGAUUAUGUAGGAAAAGAUUGUGUUGACGCCCACCAGAAGCACCUGCACGGGGAAACGAACGGCCUGUUUAAAAUCAAACCCGGCGGCAAGGACUCCGUGGGUGUAGUGGUGGUUUACUGCCAGCAGGAGGGGCUAAUGGGGGGGUGGUUGUUAGUCCAGCAGAGAGAGAGCGGCGCCCUCAGCUUCAACCGCACCUGGGCCGAAUACCGCGACGGGUUCGGUUCAGUCGACGCGCAGGGAAAGGGGGAGUCGUGGGUGGGCAACCAGAACCUCCACCUGUUGACCAAUCAGGGUGAGACCAUGAUGAAGGUGGAGCUUGAGGACUGGGACGAGGGCGUGGCCACCGCCGAGUACACCAUCCGAGUCGGUUCCGAGGGGGAGGGGUACCCGCUGCACGUCUCCGGGUACACGGGGGACGCCGGGGACGGCCUGGCGGCGCCAAAGUCCGACGUGUCACACGACGGGAUGAAGUUCAGCACCUUCGACCGGGAUAACGAUAAGUGGGAGGAGAAUUGCGCGGCCACGUACGGGGGCGGGUGGUGGUACAACAGCUGCCAGGCGGUUAACCUGAACGGGAUCUAUCACAAAGGCACGUACGACCCAGAGAGGAACACGCCGUACAAGGUGGAAAACGGAGUUGUGUGGGCGACGUUCAAACCCGCUAACUACAGCCUGAAGAGCGUGAAGGUGUUUAUCCGAUCGGCUGCUUUUUAAUGGCGCACAGAGCAAGAGAAAAAUUGUUGAAUGAUAUCAAAUAUAUUAUUUCUCGACAUCCAGAUUAAAAGAAACAAGAUGUACCAGGGUCAAAACGUAUUUGAGGACAAAAACCAAAGGUUGUUUCAUCGAUCUGUUUGACUUGAUUGUGAAAUCCCACAAUAAUUGACGACCAGUGUCUGUGUUUCUUCACUUGUGUAUUUGUCGACCCACUGUGUAAACAUGAGUAACCUGUCUGUUAGUUCAUGGAAAAACCUGAUGUUCUCUCCGUGCUGCUGAACUCUGCUCGAUCAAUAAAGAUUCAAUGUUCACUUCA